AAAGCAAGCAAGCGCCGGUAGUGGAGCUGUUGACGGGCUAUCACAGCUGCCGCUGAUGGCGUAAUAGCGCUCCAGAUCGCACAAUUGCUGCGAAGUACAAUCCGAUCUCUUUGCUUUUCUCUAUCACUCGCGCCAUCUCAGCCAUUCUGUCACGAUGUCUCUCGCCGGCUUGGUGCACUUUCUUGCCAUAGAUAUGCGACAUCUGCACGUCUCAUGGAUCUCGUCGGACCCUUGAUCAGGGCACAGUAUCCAAGAUCUAUCGGUCCCUGCCAAGGGACACCAAGCUCACGAUGAAGCUUUCUGACCACCAGCUGCACCGGCUGUCCAUUGCUGGGCGGACGGCCUCUUCCCUGUCGCUCCUGGGCGUGGCCACCAUCUUCGUGACCUUUUGCUAUUCUCCGAACUUCCGCAGUCCGACGCAUCGGAUCAUGCUCAUGAAUGCAUUUUACAAUCUGUUCGACUUUAUCGCCACGAUGAUAUCCGUCAGCGGGCCAAUUGCCGGCGACGAGUCGGGGUUGUGCCGCUUCCAGGCGUUCUGUCUGCAGAUGUUCCCCGUUGCCGAUGUCCUUUGGACGCUCGCCAUGACCAUCGACGUUGUGCUCGUCGUCUUCUACCACUACGAGCCCGAGGCACUUCGCAAGCUGGAGAAGAAAUACUUUGCAGUCAUUACGACAUUGACCUUCAUUCCGGCAUUCGUGUUCCUCUUCGUGCGCAAUGCAGAGAACGGCCCCUUGUACGGAGGCGUGACGUUCUGGUGCUCGAUAUCCCCCAAAUGGGUGCUGUUUCGCAUAAUAUUUUACUACGGGCCAAUAUGGUUUAUUAUCAUUCUUUCCUUCGUGCUGUAUCUGUUCAUCGCUCGCGAGAUAUUCAAGCUGAGGCAUGAGUUGAUGCUCACUCGCAACGACUGUCUGGCCCUGUCGUCCACAGCCUCUGCAAGCAAUGGCUCUGUCGUGCGAACACAAGAGGAUCAUGAUGGGAAGAGCUUUGAGACUCGUAUAGUCCGUCGUCAUCAAUCGGGCGUAUCUAUGCGAAAGUUCCUCCUCAUGCCCUUCCUCUUCUUCCUCGCGCUGUUAACGACCUGGGUCGCGGCAACAAUCAAUCGCAUCUACGCAUUCAGGUAUCCGGGUCAGGAACCCUAUGCACUUAUGGUGAGCGUCGCUGCGCUUAAUUCUCUACGAGGGUUCUGGAACGGUAUCAUUUUCGUCACACUGCGCUCCAAGGGGCGGAGAUGAUGUAUAGCAUGGUGGUUUAUAUUGGAUAUAAUAAGGGUCGGCUGGAUUCGGCUUGGAUAUGGUAGGAAAGGCGUUUGGGACUAUUUAAUAAUGAAUUAUGGCUUAUAACUUAUAGUUCGGAAAUACUAUUCGGUCUAAAUAAGUGGAUAGACUUCUCACAAUCUGUUACCUGUUCAUACUAACCCGAAGCUACAAUAGAGUCUCUCGCCUCCAGUAACUGCCUACCACUUAGGAAUGUCUGUAUAAACAACCGGGCCCUUCUCGCUCUCUUGCCCCAGUUCGUUGGAUCGAGCGGCAUCACUUUGACGGCC